UCCACCAAAAUACAGGAGGUGGGAAGGCGGCUGGGCCUAGUAAAGCCGGUCGUAGUUCAAAGCAUGUAUAUUUUUAAGAGCAACCUAACAUUGGAGGAGAAGUCACACCUCACCAGGAUGCGACCUUCCUGUGCACAGAGCCCCUUGGCCGGGUCAUAGGAUUCUGGAUUGCUGUUGAAGAUGCGACUGAACAAAAUGGCUGCUUGUGGUUCAUUCCUGGUUCUCAUAAGGCUGGAAUUUCACGUCUCAUGGUGCGCACAUCGCCGGGCACGAUCCCUUGCACAAAGUUCAUUGGAGAAGAGCCAAACUAUAAUGAAGAACUGUUUGUGCCUGCUCCAGUGCCAAAAGGAAGCUUAGUGCUGAUCCAAGGAGAGGUUGUCCACAAAAGUGAGCUGAACACUUCCUCAGACUCUCGCCAUGCCUACUCCUUCCAUGUUAUGGAAUCAGAAAACACCACGUGGAGUUCAGAGAACUGGUUGCAACCAACUGCGGAACUACCAUUUCCAUCUUUGUACACAUGA